AUUCGCAGGGAAACGCGGACACAGGAAUGCGCACAAUUAAAAAAGUUUUGAAAAAAGAAGUCAACGGCGACUUAUUCAGUUGCAAGAAUAACUACUCGAUGUGCCAUUGUGUGGCAGCAGAUUUGCGAAUGGGCAAGGGCAUAGCGGUAAAGUUUCGGAACAAAUUUGGCCAACUGCUGAACUUGCAAAAGCAGAACGUUCAGCCCGGGGGCGUGGCUAUCCUUCAAGAUCAGCAGCGUUUUGUGUACUAUUUGGUAACCAAGAAAUCCAGUUGGGGAAAGCCCACCUAUGAACUUCUUCACAGUUCUUUGAUCGCCAUGCGAGAGCACAUGAUCUCCCACCAAGUCCAAAAGUUAGCCAUGCCUCGCAUAGGAUGCGGUUUGGAUGGGCUUAAAUGGCCCAAAGUAAAGGAAAUAGUAUGCGAGGUUUUUAGUAAGGAUGCUUUGGAACUGGUUGUUUAUAAUUAUGUCGCUCACAAGUAA